GUCUGUUUCGCUCCACCCAGUCUGUAGUGACGUCACUGAAGGGCAAAUUGAGUUGCUGUGAGGUCAUUCGCUCUCUGUCGCCGGUGGCAGAAAGCGGAAGCGCCAUCUUAACGCACUCGGCCACCAUGUACCCGACGUCUGUAACGCAGCUGGCCCGCAGCAACCCUUUCAGUGCUCCGCUGUUCACUCUGCAGAAGGUGGAAGAACCCGGAUCAGUGGUCCUUGGACAGCAGAGACGCAAACUCGCUGCGGCGUCCGCCGUCGUGGAAGAGGAUGUCAGCUGCGAGUUUGGCUCCUUAAAGUUCUAUGCCCUGUGUGGCUUUGGUGGUAUCCUGAGCUGCGGCCUCACACACACGGCUGUGGUGCCCCUUGACCUUGUCAAGUGUCGCCUGCAGGUAAACCCCGAUAAAUACAGAAGUAUUGGUAAUGGCUUCGCUGUGACUGUGAGGGAGGACGGCGUCCGGGGGCUGGCCAAGGGCUGGGCUCCUACUUUUAUCGGGUACUCUAUGCAGGGCCUCUGCAAGUUCGGCUUUUAUGAAAUCUUCAAGAUCCUCUACAGUGACAUACUGGGAGAGGAGAAUGCCUACCUGUGGAGGACGUCGCUGUACCUGGCUGCUUCAGCCAGCGCAGAGUUCUUUGCUGACAUCGCUCUGGCUCCCAUGGAGGCUGUUAAAGUUCGUAUCCAGACCCAGCCGGGUUACGCCAACAGCCUCAGAGAGGCGGCUCCCAAGAUGUUCGCAGAGGAGGGCCUCUGGGCUUUCUAUAAGGGUGUGGUGCCGCUGUGGAUGAGACAGAUUCCCUACACCAUGAUGAAGUUUGCCUGUUUUGAGCGGACCGUGGAGACGCUCUACAGAUACGUUGUUCCAAAACCUCGCAGCGAGUGCAGCAAACCCGAGCAGCUGGUGGUCACUUUUGUGGCCGGUUACAUUGCUGGUGUGUUCUGCGCCAUCGUGUCCCAUCCUGCAGACUCCGUGGUGUCUGUGCUGAACAAGGAGAAGGGCAGCACCGCCGCACAGGUGCUGAAGCGGCUCGGACCCAGAGGUGUGUGGAAAGGCCUGUUUGCUCGAAUCAUCAUGAUCGGCACACUGACCGCCCUGCAGUGGUUCAUUUACGACUCCGUUAAAGUCUACUUCCGCCUGCCCCGCCCUCCUCCUCCUGAAAUGCCAGAGUCCCUCAAGAAGAAACUGGGCCUGACGGAGUGACCCCACCCUGCAGCCCACAACUUCAAGCCUCACAUUUCUGUAUUUAUGUUUGUGGCCGCCUGCUGCUGUUGCACCUGUAUAUUUACCUUUAAGAGAACGGGUUGAGCCAUCGGGGAGAAUCCCUGUGUAGAAACACAUCUGCUUUUCUCAAUUCCUGGCAAUAAAUGAAUUCCCAGGAAAAA